UCCUGUCUCUUUCUUUAGAGAUCCUGACACAAGAGGAACUCUGCAAACCAAGAGCAAAUGUAGCUUCUGAUAAACCUGCAUGCUGAUUUGAUCCAAAACUAUACGCUUUCAGAUUUGAUUGUGGAGACACACUGCUUUUCAUUCAAAGUGUGCAACUUUUAAACUUUUUUAAAAAAGAUAACAUUACUUUGGGCUGCUGCUACAGAAAAGGACAUUUGUUGUAUAUUUCAUUUACAAAGGUUGUCCUCAAAUAUUCGACUGAUUAAUGGAUAGGACACUGGGAACAUUUCUCACCCUUUUCUUCAUCCUUUGCAUGUCUUCUAAAAAAGCUGGAGCGGCCUCGCAUCUGAAAUCAGGGCGUUGCUCCUACACAUUCAUUGUUCCACAGCAAAAAAUCACAGGAGCUCUGUGUUUGAACACACACUCUUCAAUUCCCAACCAAUCAGAGGUAGUCGCUCUCCAGUUGGAGCUCAAACGACAGCAGGAACAACUGGAGAAGCUCCAGAGUCAAAUGGGGUAUGAAGGGACACUUGCCACAGAGGUGAGAGCCUUGAGCAAAGAGAGCAGCAGCAUGAAUUCCCAAAUUGCCCAACUUUACGCCCAGCUGCUACGUGAAGUUAUCCAUAAGAAGGACCAAGCUUUGGAGCACCAAAGGUUGGAGAGCCUCCUCCUGAAUGCGACAACACAUGCUUUGCAGGUGUCCAGUAGUUACAGGGAACUGGAGAAGAAAUAUGGAGCACUCACCUCCAUGAUGAGCUCCCAGAACCAGUUUAUCACCAAACUGGAGAAACAGUGCCAGUGCAGGGAUUCCAGCCAGCCCUCGGUGUCUGGACAGGCGAUGACUGAACCCCCCAAAAAUCCUAGUAAUGAGCACCGCAACUUCAGCGUUAAGGCCACCAUCUUGACAAAUGACGUCCAGAGGGACCAGAGUGCUUCUGUACAUCAACUGCAAGCAGAAACAGUCGGGGAUCAACCCUUUUCUACUAUUGUCCCUCCUACUGAACUGCCUUUCGUUGGCUUCCCUGUCACUAAAUCCCCAGGGCCAUGGCGGGACUGCCAGCAUGUUAUGGAUUCAGGCGAGACCACCAGUGGGAUUCAGCUGAUUCAUCUUCAGAGUGCCAACCGACUCUUUCAGGCCUGGUGUGAGCAGAGUCAGGCUCAGGGUGGGUGGACUGUCAUUCAGAGGAGACAGGAUGGGUCAGUCAACUUCUUCAGGACUUGGGAGCAGUAUAAGCAAGGCUUUGGAAACCUAAAUGGUGAGUACUGGCUUGGCCUGGAACACCUGUACUGGCUCACCCAGCAGACCAAGUACAAACUCCGGGUGGUCUUAGAAGACUGGCAGGGCCGGCAGGUGUUUGCUGAAUAUGACAGCUUCCACCUGGAACCGGAGAAUGACUGGUAUCGCCUGCGCUUGGGACAAUACAAAGGCAAUGCAGGAGACUCCCUGUCAUGGCACAACAACAAGGCCUUCACCACUCUGGACCGUGACAGGGACAGCUAUCCAGGUAACUGUGCUCAUUACCAGAAAGGAGGCUGGUGGUAUCACAUGUGCGCACACUCCAAUCUGAACGGUGUGUGGUAUAGGGGUGGACACUAUCGAAGCCGUUACCAAGAUGGGGUCUACUGGGCUGAGUUCCAUGGAGGGUCCUAUUCCCUGAAGAAAGUUUCCAUGAUGAUCAAACCCACAUAGCUGCAUUACUGCAGGAACUCACAAAGAUAACACUGACAAGGAUAAAGAAGAUGCAGAGAAAGUUAAACAUUAUGAAUAAAAUGUAUAGUUAUAUAAAUGUUUUAACACAAAUGUCUUAAUUGACAUAAAUCAGUUACAAGUGAUGACUAAGUCAUGAGUGUGACUCAGAUGUUUCCUUCUCUCUCUGCUCAGAUAUAUCUGACUCAAGUUUUUGAAAGAGGCUGCACUCAAAGCAAAAACACUUUUCGCACAUUGCUGUUUGUGGACUUAGACAAUUUUCUCUGGUGCCCUGAUCCCGCUGUGGUUGCUUGACAUUUUUGGUGUUGUUGCCUCAGCUCUACACAGCAGUUUGGUUGGUCAGAAUGUGUUCAAUGAUGCAACUACAGAAUGUGGUUAGAAUAUUUUUUAAAAUAUUUUUACAUAUUAGAUCAUUCUUCCUCUAUCUCUUUUUAAAAUUGUUGCUUCUCUCCAUAGUCAUCUCUGGCUUUAUUGUUACAUGGAGAUAGAUUGUUGAUUUCAUGCCACAUCACCAGAUUUCUUAUUUCUGUUGGCUACCAUAAGUGGUCAGUGAGUCACUUUAGUUUAAUCAAAAAGAACCUGUAUGAUGUUUUCUAGUAUGUACCAACACAGUCAUUGGAUUAGCAUUUAGACAACAGUUUGGACCUUCAGAUAUCUUAGAAAUCUUAAAGCAAAGAAAGAUUUACUUCUUUGCAAUAGCAUUAGUCUCUUAAAGUAAGCUAUAGGGCUUUGACUGGUCAGCUUGUUCAAUCAUUUUCAAGAGAAGGCACUAUUCAUCAAAACCUAUAUUGUACUUGUAUCUUAAGAAUAAACACAAUAAAAAAAUGCUUUGA